AUGUCGGAGACUAAAUUUGAUAGUAAUGACAAUAGUUUAAGUUUCAAUGAAAAACACGAUAAGGGUGUUAUCAAGACACCGAGUGAUAACGAUAGUAAUGAUGCAUAUUCAAAACCUCAACUCGUAGAUGACCAUGUUCAAUUAUUCAACCUAAAAGAUUACUCCGACACAAUAUUAAACGAAAAUGGUCUCACUUCGGGUGAUAGUGAAACCAUUGACAAACCAUCGAAUCAGAUUUCAAUAGCUAAAGAUGACACGAAUGAUAAAAUUGCGGAAAACCCCAAUGAAAUACCGUCAUCUAAAAAACGAGAGGAUCAUGAUGAGUUAGUAGACAACAACGACGAUAAUAAAUAUUUGGAUGUACCAGCGGAAUCUUUAGAUAGCUCUAGUACAAAUAAGAUGGUGAAUGAUAAAGAAAAUUCUGAAACUAUAACUUCAAAUCAAAAAGAUCAGGAUCCAUAUUCUCAAAAACAAACUGAAUCCGAGACAACGAAAGAAAGUGACAUGCCUAUUCCUAUAGUCGUAGAAAGUAGUCCUGAAACCGGACCUGAAAAAAUUGAAGGCAACCAAGUCACACCAAAUGAUCAGGUUGAUAAUCGUGUUGAAAACGCGAACGCCAGUGAAACACCUAUUGAUGUCGAACGAAUUCCACCAGCGGAUGUUCCAGUGAGAGCUUCGACAGCAUUAGAAGGAGUUGGAUUUAAUCCGGUUGGAGUUCAACCCACUGACCAAAUCAACAAUUCUAAUGACGAGCCAACAAAAGAGGAGAAUGCAAAUGAUGAUUCAUCACAGUCAAAAACACAAGAAAUUAGUUACUUUGAACAAGCGGCAAAUGUUCUUGAUAGCGUUAUCGAUAUUGUAAAGACAACUAUCGAAUCGUUUGUUGGUAGCGCUGGGUUCCUGAAGCAACAAGAUCCCACUAAUACUGAAGUCAAAUAG